GUCGUCGACGCAUUUCAAACGUAUUGAUCAACGUCAGCUUUGUGUUGGUCUUGGCAUGUUUGGAGAGAAAAAGGUGGACUUAUAAACGUCGGCGAGGACUCCUAGUAUGGACGUUUUCAAGCAAAACAAAGUUGAAGAUUUCUAUGAAAUUGGUGAAGAGUUGGGAAGCGGGCAGUUUGCCAUUGUAAAGCAAUGCAGGGAGAAAAGAACGGGACAGGAAUUUGCUGCCAAGUUCAUCAAGAAGCGACAGAGUAUAGCCAGCUCUCGUGGCGUUCGACUUGAGGAGAUAGAGCGUGAGGUGCAGAUCCUGCAGCAGACUCAGCAUCCGAACAUUGUCACGCUGCAUGAUGUCUACGAGAACCGCACCGAUGUUGUUCUCAUCCUGGAGCUUGUCUCUGGUGGUGAGCUUUUUGACUUCUUGGCCCAGAAAGAGUCUCUUAGCGAGGAAGAGGCAACCCAGUUCAUCAAGCAAAUCCUAGAGGGGGUCAACUACCUCCAUGCCAGGAAAAUAGCCCACUUUGAUCUGAAGCCUGAAAACAUAAUGCUACUAGACAAGAAAGUACUGUUGCCAAGGAUCAAACUCAUUGACUUCGGCCUCGCCCACAAAAUUGAAGCUGGAGUGGAGUUCAAAAACAUCUUUGGAACGCCCGAGUUUGUUGCACCUGAGAUUGUCAGCUAUGAGCCACUGGGUUUGGAAGCAGACAUGUGGAGCAUUGGCGUCAUCACCUACAUCCUUUUAAGCGGUGCUUCUCCUUUUCUUGGAGAAACUAGACAGGACACACUCAGGAACAUUUCUGCUGUGAACUAUGACUUUGAUGAAGAGUUCUUCUGCAACACCAGCGAGCUGGCCAAAAAUUUCAUCAGUCGGUUGCUGGAGCGAGAUAAGAAGAAAAGACUCACUAUUCAAGAUGCUCUCAAUCACCCAUGGAUCAAGCCUAAUGAGCACAAAGAGGAAAAUAAAGGUAAAGAGCUUCAGAAAAGAGAGAGACGCCAGCUUAAGACCAAGCGCCUGAGGGAGUACACAAUAAAGUCCCACUCAAGCAUGCCGCCUAACAACACCUAUGUAAACUUUGAGCGCUUUGCCCAAGUGGUUGAGGACAUCGAUCAUAUGGAACGGUUAUUUAUCAGCUUGGCCGCAUCCCAUGAUUCUCUGCAAGAAGAUAUCGAUGCCAUGGUCUCUAUAUAUAAUGAGAAAGAGGCCUGGUACAAGGAGGAGAGUGAGGGGGCGCGUCAUGAGCUCUCACAAAUCCGUUACGAGUUCCGUAAACUGGAGGCCUUGAAGAGGAGUCUUCAGGAUGACAUGCAGUCUUUUAGCUCCAACCUCAGUAGCGUCAAUAGCCGCUACCAAGAAAGACAGAAGCACUUUGAUGCACUCCACCUGGAGCUCAGCAAUGAGUUGAAAUGGGUGCAGGAGGCGAUGGGUUCAUGUCCCGUGGACGGAGGUGGUGGUUUCCCCAAUGGCAACUUCAGCACUGUUUUCAACAAUGAAGUAAAUGAAGCCCUGAAAGAGUUGCUGAACCACUCCUGUGGGGGAGAACUGCUGUCUGGGAUCAACCUGGACCUAACUGAAGCUGGACAGCAAAGAUAAAAUAAAAAGUCUAGAAAGGUUAACUGUGCAAUUUAGGGUUAAGAGUUUGGACUUUGAAUGUGUGUACUCUUUUUCAGAAGAGGGUUUUUUGUGGGUUAAGGCUAGUUGGGGGUUCGGAUUAGAGUAAGGACUUUGUGUUGUCACACUUUUCUAGUAAAGGGGGUUUUGUAGGUUAGGGUUAGUCACUUUAAAAUGUGUAUUCUUUAUUCAAAAGUCAUCAUCACUCUUUGCCAGCAGAGGGUGUUUCAUGCCUCCCCUGGAAGUGUGAGGCCUCAUGGUCUCUGCGCCCUUCAAAUAGCCCUCCAUUUCCGUGCCCUCAUCUUCGUCUUCAUCUUUAUCACUGUCUUCUGACUGAAAAAAAAAGUAUAUAUAAGUAGAUAUAAAGCGUGUUCAUUUAUGAAUUUCUUCAUAUGUACUCUAUCGAACCCAAUUUUUAGCUUUUUCUGAUAAGGGUCACCACAGCGAGCUUCUUCACAGCUAUGGUUUUGACUUAGCUUUUAUGCCGAAGGCCCUUCCUGACAUGGGAAUUGAACCCAUACCCUAAGGCAGAAGCAUAGCAUUACACCACCAAGGAUACCGUACUGACCCCAAUAUACAGUAUUGUUUUUAGUACUAUUGAGCGAUUAAGAAAAUGAGAGAUUAAUUUAUUAUCUGUAAUGAAUUAAUCUAAUUUUUAAUCUCAACUAAAAAUAAAUGCUGACAAUGCCCCAAAUUUGAGGUAUUUUCAUUUAAAUGAAUUACAUUAUUGUAAAGAUAGAUAUAUAAACCAAAAAACAUUGAUUUCUAAUUUGUGUUUUUUAGAUGCAGUCUGUGGUCUUUACUAAAAUAAAACAUCAGGUCCAUAUAAAGUGCUAAAGCUAAAUACAUUAAAAAAAACACCUUUCUAAGCAAUACGUUUUGAAUGAUGCGCUUUAACUCGGCAAAUAAUAUAAAAUAAAUAAAACAGAGCCGUCAUUGACAGUGGUAGCAUGUGUUACCAAAAGUGGUUUAAGAAAACAGAUUUAACAAAUAAAUGAUUAUAUUUGUCACAAUUACGUAGAUGUUAAACUUUGUAAAACAGAUCGGAUGAGAUGUUGGCUUUAAUUGACUUUCCUGAUUGUCAAUCAUCAAUGUGUAACAUUAUAUCAUGUUUUUAAACCUUAUUAACGAUUAAACAUUUAGUUAUUUACAAACAAGCUUAUGCUUUAAUUUUGUGCGCCAUCACACACCAGGGCAAUUAAAACAAGAUUCUCCUCCUUGUAAAUGUGCUCUUAUUUUACCCGUACCAAAAUGUAUUUUGAUACUUUUCGAAAUACAGGGGACCACAAAAAAUUGCAUUUUUGGCUUUAUUUUAACAGAUGAUUUUACGGUACAUUAAACACAUGUUUUUAUUGCAAUCAAAAAAUAAUUUUGGCCUUAAGAUAGUGAACAUACUAGACAACUUCUCGUUAGGUAGUAAGCAAACAAACAGUGGAUCUAAGCCUAACAUCCACUGUAAUGAUACCAACUACAAGAGCGUAUCUCGUUGAUACUACUACGAUUACAUCGAUAUUUUUAAACAUCGCAAAAUCUUUUUUAGUUUUUAAAAAAGGUAUAUUAUGUUUAUAAACUCACGAAAUACGUCCCUGGACACAUGAGGACUUUGAAUAUGACCAAUGUAUGAUCCUGUAACUACUUGGUAUGAGGACUUUGAAUAUGACCAAUGUAUGAUCCGAUAUCUAAAUUUGUGGUAUCAUCUAAAACUAAUGUAAAGUAUCCAAAGAAUAAUAAGGGAUUUUUACAUUUUAACAGAAUUGUAGAUAGAGCAUAUUAUAAAAGAGAAAGUAAGCAGAUAUUAACAGUAAAUGAACAAGUAGAUUAAUAAUAAAUUUUCUACCACUUGUCCUUAAUAAUUUUGACAAACCCCGCCCUCCACCCCACACACACCUUGUAGCGUCCCGGAAGAGUUAGUGCUGCAAAGGGUUCUGGGUAUUUGUUCUGUUGUGUUUAUAUUGUGUUACCGUGCGGAUGUUCUCCCGAAAUGUGUUUGUCAUUCUUGUUUGGUGUGGAUUCACAGUGUGGCGUAUAUUUCUAACAGUGUUAAAGUUUUUUUAUUCGGCGACCCUCAGUGUAACCUGUAUCGCUGUUGAUCAAGUAUGCGUUGCAUUCACUUGGGUGUGCGUACAGAAGCUGCACAUGUCAUGUGACAGGGCCAGCACUCGUUGGACUGGUUAAAAAGCAGACGUGACGAUUUUCGGGAGGGACGCUGAAGUAUGGAAGACUCCCAGGAGGGUUGGCAAGUAUUGGAAUUAGCGGUGAAUGCGGUGUUACCGUGGCACCGCCGCAAUAUAUAAUCAGCGGGCCAGCUUUAGUGUUAAUUUGACAUCACCUCAAGGGCCAAGUGAAAUUACACGGCGAGCCAAAUGUUAAAAUCCAUGCAUGUUUGCAUCAUCACUUUAUUAAAGGUGGUUGAUCUUAACAAUUCAGAAAAAAUCUGUAAAAUGAUAGUAUUUUUCUGUGGAACUGCCAGCAUUGUCACUUCAUUAAAGGUGUUUGAUCGUAACAAUUUGGAAAAACUCUGUAGAAUAAAGGUAUUUUUCUGCAGAACUGUUUGCAUCGUCACUUUAUUAAAGGUGGUUGAUCUUAAUAAUUUAGUAAAAAUCUGUAAAAUUACGAUAUUUUUCCGCAAAACGUUUCAUGAAA